CCCAGGUGGCAUUGCGAGCGGUCUGUUUCUAGGUGUCUAGCAACAGCUAUCAGCCCAGACAGCCGGCGGCAACGGGAGCGGUAUUUCUCGGUGUGUCUUUCCACGAUUAUUCGCUGCCGAGGGUAUUCAUAAUUAAUAGUCAAUUGGCUGAAAAUAGUGAAAAAAACAACCCUGACCCCUGCACAGAGAUAUGAGCGGCAGCGGGCGGCCCAGGACCAGCUCGUUUGCUGAGCCGCCAGGUGUUCCAGGAACCGCCGCCGCGUCCACCGGAUCAGCCGCUGCCGUGGGGAGCAGCACAGGAAAGUCCGGGGUCCCGCAGGCCUCCGGCAGCAGCUCGUCGGGAUGCUCGAACCUUAAGCUUGCCAGAGACAGCGGGAAGGUGACGACCGUCGUGGCCACACCGGGUCAGGGACCGGACCGCCCACAGGAAGUCUCUUACACUGACAUCAAGGUGAUUGGCAAUGGGUCGUUUGGUGUGGUGUACCAAGCUCGCCUCAUCGACAGCCAAGAGAUGGUGGCCAUUAAGAAGGUUCUGCAGGAUAAGAGGUUCAAGAAUCGGGAACUACAGAUCAUGAGGAAGCUGGACCACUGCAACAUCGUCAGGCUACGUUACUUCUUCUACUCCAGUGGAGAGAAGAAGGAUGAGGUGUAUCUCAACCUGGUGCUAGACUUUGUCCCUGAGACGGUCUACAGGGUUGCCAGGCAUUUUAACAAGGCCAAGAGCAUCAUUCCUAUCAUAUAUGUGAAGGUGUACAUGUACCAGUUGUUUCGUAGUCUGGCUUACAUCCAUUCCCAGGGCGUUUGUCACAGAGACAUCAAGCCCCAAAACCUGCUUGUCGACCCAGAAACUGCCAUCCUCAAGCUGUGUGACUUUGGCAGCGCCAAGCAGCUGAUCCGCGGAGAGCCCAACGUGUCGUAUAUCUGCUCUCGGUAUUAUCGCGCCCCGGAGCUAAUUUUCGGUGCCACGGACUACACGGCAAACAUAGACAUCUGGUCAGCAGGCUGCGUACUGGCCGAGCUGCUGCUCGGACAACCCAUAUUCCCCGGUGACAGCGGGGUGGACCAGCUUGUUGAGAUCAUCAAGGUGCUAGGAACCCCAACAAGGGAACAAAUCCGAGAGAUGAACCCAAACUAUACCGAAUUCAAGUUUCCUCAGAUCAAAGCUCAUCCAUGGACCAAGGUGUUUAAACCUCGCACCCCUCCGGAGGCCAUCGCCCUUUGCUCCCGGCUGCUGGAGUACACGCCGGCCUCGCGGUUCUCCCCUCUAGAGGCCUGUUCGCACGCCUUCUUCGACGAGCUGCGCCAGCCGAACACACGACUGCCAAGCGGCAGAGAACUGCCGAUGCUCUUCAACUUCAGCACCACAGAGCUGUCCAUCCAGCCCCAGCUGAACUCAACCCUCAUUCCUCCUCACGCUCGCUCUCACACAGCUGCUUCCGCCCACGAUGGUACCGGUUCCGAUUCAUCUCAACACAGUUCAGUACCAGGAUCUCUUAACAGCAUCUGAAGCAGCUUCUCACCUGCCUGCCUGCGAGCCUCAACCUUAUCCUAGCACACACACACACACACACACACACACACACACACACACACACACACACACACACACACACACACACACACACACACACACACACACACUCUCCUGCUUUCCUCCAUGCUGCUUGCUCUCCUCUUAGAUGAUCUGUUUUUGUACAGUAAAUGCUUUGAACAAACAAACAUUAGCUCAUUAGCUGUCAGAGUCAAAACUAUGGCAGGUGAUUGUUAAACACACAUACACACACACACACACACACACACACACACACACACACACACACACACACAGAGUUGUCUCGCUGCUGCUCAGGUGGUCUGUGAAGGUUCAAUAGUGGGGGCUGGUCCUCUGUAAAAUAACCUUUUUUUUCUUUAAGUCAAGAUUUUUUUUCUUCUUUAUAUUUGUGUUUAAUUUAUAUGACUAACAGAAAGCAUCAUGUGGUCGAAAAACAUUUUGUCGCCAGAGUUUUAUUUUUAUUUUUUCCCACCUAAGAUAAUUUUUUUAUAUUCUUAAGUGUUCUUUUGCUUCUGAACUGUACACUGCCUGACCGAGAUCAGAAGUAGCCCCACAUAGGUCAUCAGGGUAAAGGAUGUUUUAUUCAACUCAGGGCGGGAGAGCGGAUGCAGGAGAUGAUAAAUUCCUUAAUCCUCCAGCCACAUUAUAUUUUAACCAAUCCAGCCUGAUGUCAAGGUUUAAAUUAAACCUCCACGUCUUGAUAAUUCACACGCUUAAGUGGCCGGUAGAGUAGAAAACCUCAUCAGUAGCAGUUAUCAGUGUUUGGUCAGAGAUGUAUUGCUCCUUACGUGUUUCGGGGUUCGGUGACUCUGUUACUUUAUACAGACCGGACUGGAAAUCACCAGUUUCCUGUCCUUGUAGUUGUGGUAAAAAUAUAGGUGGGAUCAAUCAUGGAUUUUAAACUCCUUUUCAGCUUUUAUCAGUGAUUUUUGUUAGACUCAUUACCACAAUUGGAAGGGCAGAGGUGUUCAUUUGUGUGGGCACCCAGAGGAAUAUCCCUCAGCUCCUGCUUUUCUUCUUCGCCUCAAAAAUUAGUUUAGAAAUGUAAAUGUCGGUUUGUGAAGAAAGUGCAAAUGUGGGGCUCAGCUAAAAAAAACGAUCUAGAAAACAAGCCUUUUUAAAAUGGAGCAAGCAAAUCCAAAUCGUAGAAGUGUAAAUAUUAGUACAUCACUGGACGCUGCUCAGUGCGCUGCUUGCUCUCUGUCCUGCCAGCUAGUUAGUUGUGUUCACUUGACAAUUAGACAAAAAAACAGCAGUGCUGUGGAAGCCGCUGUCCUAGAUCAUCACAGCAUUAGAAACGUAAACGGAUAUGAAGCUUGUCUAAGAAACUAAAGUUUCUGUAACGUCCCUUUUAACCAGAAUGAAGAAAAAAAGAAAUCUGACAGCCUUCAUUGGUUUCACUGGUGCUACUAUAGUAGAAAUGAGUGAGUGUACAUUACUGUGGGGGAAGCGGCUGUUUUAGACGUGUCUUCAAAGGUGUGUUCCACUAAAAUGAGCUUUAAAAACAAUUAAAUUUCAAUCAAACAAAAACACGCAUGUAGUUUUUAUUUCAAGCUUUAAAAACAGAACUAUCGUUCAUUGUAGUCAUGAUUUGGUUUAUGAAAAGGAUUGCCGUAAUAAACUGCUGCUGCUUUGAAAAUUGUGAAAUUGUUUUAAGAUAAAUUAUGCAUUUAAAGCCAUGGAAAGUAUUGAAAUGUAGUAAAUAUGGUUACUUAAAGGGUAACUUUGGUAUUUCUCAACCUGGCCACUAUUUCAUAAUGUUUUUGUGUGUGUGUUAAAGGGGACAACAUUUUAAGCAUUUUUUGAAGUUGGUUCAGUAUUGAGCGAGAGUUCUCCAACCAGCAGCUGCUUAAAGGGCUGCAAUGUAAUCCUUCUCGUUUUGAAAUCUGGCCAGAGGUGAAACUCCAGGUGGAAACUUGAGUUGGAGAGUGGAGUGCCGGGAAGACUUUGUUGUGUUAGAUCACAGAAAGCACGACUUAUUUUACAUCUAAAAGAUAUUCAAUGUAAUUAAUGAACAUUGAGCAGAUUUUUGCGACGUGGAUCAGGCACGACCCUCUUGAGAAAGGAGACAUAUUUAGGCACAAACAGAACAUUCUGCAAAAGGUAAAGAAAAAGGUUUUAUUUCUCUUUAGAGUUAUUUUCAAUAAUGUUAUCAGACACUUGUGACAACAAUCUGAACAUGUCGGUGGCAAAAACAAGCACUUAUAGUGGACGUGGUUACCUGAGCGAUUAUAUUGCAGCCUGUUUCCUCUGCAGCGUUCUUCCUAAAUACUGGACUAUUUUCAAAAGUAGUCAAAAAUAGUCCCCAGCAAAAACAUGAAAAAUUCAGAAGUUACCCUUUAAUGACUCCCCUUUACAAUUCCCUAUACUGCCUGUUGGAGUCCAGUCAUAAUUCAAACAACAGGUUUGUCUUAAAAUUUGUUUUGAUUUCAAAAUGUUUUAAAGAUGUCUUAUUAAAACCCUGUAAGAUCCCCCAGAAUACAUUGGCAGAUCAAACACAAUCGCCAUCGAAUCCAAAAAGCCUUCCCCCUCAGCUAAAAUGUUAUUUGUGUCCUGAUGUUCGUGUAGAAAAAGAUGCUUUUGUUCUCCAAAGAGCUGAGUGUAUGUCGGCCCUCCUGUUGAUUAAAUGCAGCAUAGAAACUUAAGAAGCAGGGACAGGGAUUUAAUGUUAUUUUAAACUCGACGGGGGACGGGGGGGCUUAAUGUAAAUUUAUUUGGGAUGUCAGUUCAUUUCAGAAAUGGGGUUGCAGCUUCUUUAGCGAACUGUAAUUCCAAAAGUGGAAAAUAUUAAAAGGUUCUCUGUCUUAAAAACUAAAAUAACUGAAGACGAAUUGUACACAGAAAGGAAGCAAAAAAGAAAGAUGAAUGGAAGGCUUAAUGUGAAUAGUAGUCUAACAUGAAUUUCAACAGUGGACUUCCUGUUAGGUGACCGUGUUCUUGCGCUUCUUGUACUUCUAUCUUUGAGAGGACCGAUUUGAAUUUUACCCCAAAACAGUUGGAACAGAGAGCUGUUUGAGGUCAAGGUCAGAUUGGGGUCAGGGGUCGGAGAAUGUAUUAUCUCAAGAAAAGAAGAACAAAUGCCAUUUUCCAGCCCGCAGUCUGAACAGCCAGUGUUUUAAGCGUUUAAACAGUCAACAAUACAGAUUUUUAGUAAGCAGUACAGACCACAUGAAAGUUUGUAGUAUAGUAUAUUUGAUACUACUGCUCCAUGCCUCCACCUGCUGUUGUUACACUGCAGCCAUGUUUGCUUGUCUUCGAUGCUGUUUUUUGUUUUUUUUUAUUCCACCACAUUGGGCACAUUCACAUUGAUUUUCAUACGAGGAGAGUGGAGAGCAUCUUUCAUUCUCUCAAGCUCACCUGCCAGUCCUGCAGGGCUCAUUCUGCUUUUCUUUCUUUGCUGUCCAGAGUCCAAACCAGCCUGUUCGAUUCCCUCUGCAGGGCGCAUUCACACUCAGAGCCGUCAGACUCUCUGUGGCCAUGAAAAGGUGUGACCCGGCGGGAGGAAAUCAAGCACCGGCCGAUUUGGUCUCCGACCUCAGAAGUUAUCUCUCCCCCUCACUCUCCCUCUCUCUCUCUCUCUCUCUCUCUCUCUUAUCGCACUUGUAAAUAUCACUGAUUUUUAUUUUCAUCUUCUUACUUUUUAUGACAGAGUUGUUUAUAUCUUAUCUCUCCUCAUCCCGCCGACGAAGCAGUCUUAGCUUGUGCGUUUCUGUAAAUAAGUUUCUUUUAUUUUUCACAAUUCAAAAUGUAAAUACUGCAAAGAGAAAAAAAAGAAAAAAUCAGCCUCAUGUUUGUUGAUCUUUCUCUCUCUGUCUCUUUCCCUCCCUCUCUCUCUCUCUCUCUCUCUCUCUCUCUCUCUCUCUUGUAGUCCAGUGAAAAAUGUAAAGUAGCUGUUAACCACGUUGUUACUCAGCUGUCCUCCCUGUUCGGCCCGCUGAGGGACCGUCUGACUGUUGAAUGAAUAUUUCAAGGGUUCUGUUCCAAAAUGCUUCUCUCUCUGUUCACUCUGGGUAGAAAAAACUAUACUUUCUUAAAACAUUAUGUGACCCCACUAAAAAUCUGAAUCAGCGAGGCAUGUCAUGUUACCGUGACAGCGCUCUCUCCAACCUGCUCGCUUACAUCUACUGUUGAUCCACACAGUAUAAUAAAUGCAAAAUGACUGAAAUGAUGAUGUUUGUUUUUAAUUUACAUUUAUUUUGUAAAGUCAAGAGGAAAUUCAUAGAAAAUCCCUUUUAACCCUGCAGAUCACAUCCCCGCUCUAUUGUCCACCUGUUAUUCAUUAUAUGCCAACAAUUAUUUUUUAGAUAUAUAAUUUAUUUGUAUUGUUUGAUCAAAAUCUACUCAUCUUUUCUUUGUGUUUUCUUAUGUUUCACUGGGACUUUAAUGCAACUGACUCCAAAUCACACUUGACGUGCUGUAGAUUAUACACAAGAGGGAGCUGUUCAGUCAUUAUCAGACAUGCCAGUUAAAGUGAAAUAUAUUCAAGAUACAUUUACGAUUUUCUUAAAUUAAAGUACCUCCUUCCUUCUGUCCUCAGUAACCAGCAGGACACACAACAAUAUGUUCUUAACUUAAAUUUAGCAGAUUUAAAAUUAUAAAUGUAAACCUCAAAAACGCAGCAGCUAUCACGAUUAGAAAGAUAGUAAAAGCCUCAUGCAGCAGACUAAAGGUUUUUUUUUUCAACUUCAGAUUCACAGUCUUCGACCCAAACUAACGUUGAGUCCAUUUUCUCAGAUUUAACGCAGCUUUAUACAACUUUUCACGUUCAGUAGUUCUACCAAAAAACUUUUUUAAUGUGUAAAAUCAUCAGUUUUCGCUUUCUUUUUCUUCCACGGUUUCUUUUACUGCUUUUUGGAACAGAAUUUUGUGUGUGUGACACAAUGCAAUAUGUUAUUACUGUGCAGUAUUGAGGAAAAAAAGGAAAUGUUUUUAGCUACAGGUCACUUGCAUUUUUUUUUUUUUUUUUUUUUUUUUAGAGUCUGACUUGUCUGACUUGAUCUCAAAAAGUGUUUAGUCGGACUAGAAACCACAACAUGAUGUCCUGCUUGUGCUCAAAACUACUGCUAAUGAUCACAAGAUGGCAGAAAUAAACUUUAGUGUGACAGCAGACAGAGCUACCUAACGUGUGUGUUAGUUGCCAGGCAACACUGCAGAAAUGUUGACCCACAGUUUCAAGUGAACCGAAUCUCAGAAAUUGUACCUUUUGUUUGUGUUUUCAAACCCUCUGAAACAUCAGUUGUAACAGAAGGAGAUUACUGAUUCUCUUUAAUAAGUUGAUAUGUCACUUUUAGUUCAUUAUUAUUAUUUUUUUAUUAACUGGUGUCAUCCUGCCCUGUCGGACUGAUGUGUUGGAGGGAUAGACGGAGAAAGAGAGAGAAAGAAACACAAACCUGUCUGUCUCUGUUCUGUGUAUGUUCUGUAUAAUAUGGACUCAUUUACUGUAAUAAAGUGAUGAA